AUGAAUGGAGACAACAAGCGCACGCGCACAUCCUACACGCGACAUCAGACGCUGGAACUGGAGAAGGAGUUUCACUUCAAUAGGUAUCUUAACAGAAGACGUCGAAUCGAGAUAGCCCACAACUUAAUUCUUAGCGAAAGACAGGUAUUUAGGAUUUGUCGUCGUCGUUGUUGUUUAUGUUGUUGUUGCUGUUGUUUAUGUUUGUGUUGUUGA